GUAACAUAAUAUUAUUGUGUUUAAUAGGUUAAUGAGAAGACAAUUCCUUCAAAAGUUUCAUUUCCGAUGUGAAUAUAGACACCUUCUCUUAAACUUAUUUUUCUUCAAGAAAAUCAACCAAAAUGGGUACUAUGUUGGUUAACAACAAUUAUUUUAGGCAGAGACUUAGGCAAAUGGAAGAAUUGUAUCCAGAACCUCCAGCCCUAGGAGAUUGUGAUUGCACGUCAUAUUCAUAUUUUGUCCUCUCAGUUUUAUUUUUUACUUUUGGAUCUUUUAUAACAGUGUUGGCAUUAAGUGGGGGUGAUUAUUUGUACCUCCACCUCGGUCAUAUGUGGUUGGUAGGCCCAAUAUUAUGUUGUUCUGGAAUAAUGGUUGCAGUAAAAAUCAUUUUGUACUUGAGAAGAAAGAGUGUUAUUCAGAUGCUUUUACGGCAGAGGACUUUAUUAAGGGGACUACAGGAGAUAGCACAACAGGGCCAGCAUGGGGUUUGUACUCUCUCUGUUAUGACGAGAACUCCAAGCACUUUGACUCUGCCUCCCUCCUAUGAUCUACUAAUGGGGGCAGCCGUCGGACCUUCAGAACCCCCACCACCCUCGUACGAGGAAGCUAUGUUCCUCAUUGGUGAUGAAAAGUCAAGAGCUCUGCUUGAGAACAGGCAAAAUACAACCAUUGACAACCAAGGAAAAGAAACCGUUUAAAAGCCUACAUUUCACUUAGUAAGUUAUAGUUUUACACAGUGAUGAAUUUAACAAAUCUUUUAGCUUUAAUUAGACCCAUUGUUCAUUUUUAACUUUUCAUUUUGUAGCUCUUGACCUAGAAUAGGAUGCAAAAGACAGUUGUAAGAUUUAUCCAUCUUUUUGUUAAAAAUGUUAUCUUUUUGAGUAUCCAAUAAUAAAUUAUGUAUAUUAAGAUGCUGUUUUCUUAGGCUUAUAUAAUAUUGGUUGAUUAGGUCUCUUUAAUUUGUUUACACUUGUUAUAAGUUGUAAUAUCUGUAAUUUAUCAUUGUAUUUAUUUAUAACUACUGAUGACUGAGUUCAAAUCAUUCAGUAUUAAAAUUGAUAAAUAUGUUAAUUAUGGUUAUACUGGUGCUUUAACGGUCCAACACUUUUGUGUUGGUUGUAGUUACUUAGUAAAAUAAGGCGCAAAUAUUUUAAUAUUGGUUUUUUCUAACAAUUUGUAUUGUUUUCUCAUGUUUACAAUAAGAGUCAGGAUGGAUGAUGAUUUUUUAACAUAAUGAUCAUGAGACGCAAACAGUACCACAUUGUUUUGUUACAAUACAUAUUUUACAUUUUAAUCCCAUUUGGGUAAACUUAAUCGUCUUUCAGUGAUGUGUGUGUUUUUUCUUCUUUAAAGAAAGGAAAUUGGACAAGGGUAAUUUACCAUCAGUUUGCAAAAACACAGAUUAGAUUUUCAAUUAUUAUAUUUUAUGAAUUUUUCUUCUUUAUGCAAUUUUAAAUUUAUACCUUAAUUUCUUCAAAGAUAUUUCAAAACUGCUUGUUUUAAUCCAUUUUAUAAAAAAAUUUUACAAUUACUUAUUGAUAGGCCUAUAUCACGAUUGUACUGAUUUUUAUGAAGGUUCAUUGUUGACUAGGUUAAAUGCUGUAGCCUAACAAAUGAUACCGUGGAAAUUUUCCAUCACUGUAAAAGACACUUUAUAAUCACCAUUGAAUCUUUUUUCAAUCUUAAGGAGUAUUUAGGUGCUACAUCUACAAAAACAACUUAUAAUAUUUUCAAAACUUUGAAAAUAUCUUGUCUACCUUGUUAACAUAUGUUGUAAACUAUGGUUAAACCGUAAUACCUACCAUAAAAUUUUUAUUCUUAUAUAGUGUCCUACAUUGUACAUUAGCUUAGUAUUUUAAACCUUUUUGGCCUUUUUAGGCGUAGUCCUUAAUGCGUGUAUAGUGUUAGUCUAUGUAGCAUAACUUGUACGAAGUUUAACAAUAUUGUGUAAAAAUAUCAGAAUAUUUACUUAAAUAGGACUUGUUUUAAGUCAUAUAGUGAGAUCUAAGGUAUUAUUGUUAGACUUGACAUUAAAUAUAUAUUUUUCUCACUUUU